AUUGCCAAUAUUUUAUUGUUUUGAAUUAUUUUGUUCGAGGUCAACAGAAACAACAACAACAAUGAUGACCAAUCCGAGUUGUCAAUGUACUAACGCCCGUAUUUUAAUUGAAGGAUAUCGUUUACCUAUGCCUAUCGAUUUCAAACAAAUGGAUGAAAUGAAACAGAAUCUAUGUGUUUGUGAAGUGCCUACCAUUACUCGGAAAAAAUAUUUAGAUUUUUGUGAAUGUGAAUCACGAAAAAUAACAUUGAAAAAAAUGUUACAAACAUAUUUGAAAAAUUUUGAUGAUAAUCAAGACAAUGAUGACAACGAAGAACUACCAUCAAAUGUAUUGGAAGAAAUGAAACAAAUUGUCAUCGAAAUUCGUCAUUUUGUACGACAACUACCACGUACAUUUGAUUAUUUUGAAUGUUGGUCCGAUUACAUUGAUUAUCGACAAAAGCAACAGACAUUGUUGCCACGAUCAUUGCUUCAUAUAUCAUCACAACAACCUAUAUCUCAACAAUCAACAUUUAAUCGACCAACAUUUAUGCUAGAAUUGAAUGAAUAUUAUGUACCAAUACCCGAAGAUUUUAUUGUUUAUUUUUCAUCCGAUAUACAGAAUCGUAUUAUUGCCGAACUACCCGAAACAAUUCGUUCAAUAUAUUUGAAUAUGUUAUGGGAAAAUGGCUAUCAAAAAGAAUUGAUUUCCAUUAUGUGUUCGAAAAAUGAAGAAAUUUGUAAUCUAUGGUGUCCAUCGAUGGAAAUCGAUGGUUAUAAAUUGCCAUUACCAAGUCAAUUUAAUGAAAUGAAUUUUGAUCAACAGAUUGAAGCAUUAAAAAAUCUACCCGAAUCAAUACACGAAAUUUAUAUGACAAUGUGUCAAAAAGAUGCUAAACUUCAAACUGCUGCUAAUUUAAUUAUAGAUGAAUUACGUUUGGAAAAAGAUUUUCGACAAUUAGCAAUGAAAUCUAAAACUGAUUCAAAUCCAAAAAUGAUGAUCAAUAUAAAUGGCCAUAAUUUACCAUUAGUAAAAGAUUUUAAUUGUUUAUCAUGUCGACAACGUAAACGAUUGUUACAUAAUCUACCUGGUAAUGUACGUGGACAAUAUUUGAAUCUAAUUUGGCAAGAAGAUAUUGGUAGUCGUUUAUGUGCUGAAUCACGACCAUUUUAUCAGCCAUUUUGGGCAUAAUGUGAAUUAUUGAAUGUUUGUUUUCUUCAUUUUAUCCUUAUUAACACUUUGCCUAUUUAUUAUCAUUUA